AAAAUUCAAAAUGCAAAGUUACGCCCCUCUAAUUGUUCAUAGUUCUUAGAGCUUUAUAAUGAACGGAAACGGUUUGGAAAGCAAUAAUGAUUCUAACCAUCCACCUGCCGAAACAGCCAGCCAUGCUGAUUCUUAUUUUGAAUCAUAUGAAGAUUUACAUGUGCACCGACUCAUGAUUGAUGACAUCCCACGCACAGAAGCUUACCGAAAAGCAAUUUUAUCUUCAAACAUUUUCAAAGACAAAGUUGUCAUGGAUGUUGGAGCAGGGACAGGAAUAUUAUCCUUAUUCUGUGCUGAAGCUGGAGCCAAGAAGGUCUUUGCUGUGGAGGCCAGUCGAAUGGCAGACGUUGCUUUGGCAAAUUCAAAAGAAAAUAACUUCGAAAAUAUCAUUGAAGUCAUACACAAGAAAGUUGAAGAUUUGACUGAAGAAAUCCAAGUUGAUAUAAUAGUCUCAGAGUGGAUGGGAUUUUAUUUGCUGCAUGAGUCAAUGAUUGAUUCUGUUUUCCAUGCCAGGGACAAACAUCUUAAGCUAGGGGGGAAAAUGUUUCCUGAGUAUGCCACCCUGAGUUGUGCUCUUUGCUCAACGCCUUCGCUCUUUCGAGACUGGAGUAACGUUUUUGGACACAAAAUGUCUGCAAUGCGAGUUUUUGAGCGACAGACGUUACUAUCUAAGCCCCAGAUUGAAGUUCUAAAAGAUGAUGACCUUCUCUCAGUGAGCCGAAACAUCCUCACCCUUGACAUGAACAGUGCUACUGUUGAAGAUGUCUCUGUAAUUCGUAGUAAGGUCUUCAUCUCAACGCACAAGCCUGGAUGUUAUCAGGGCGUUGUUCUGUGGUUUGACGUAACAUUUCCCGAGCCAGAUGAAGACGAUGAUGGUGCAUGUGCAGAAAUAGUACAACUAGACACAUCUCCUUACUCUGAACCAACUCACUGGAAGCAAACUAUUAUUUUGUGGCCAGAGGACAGAGAAGUUGAAGAGGGAGACAUCUUGGGGUUUGAACUCUUUUUGGGAAGGAGCAGCCCAGUAAGUCGUUCUUACAUCAUGCAAUUGACAGAACUGGACCCAGCUACUGACGAACACCCUGUGCCUUGCGAGUGUGGAAGUGCUAAGUGUGACAUAGUCAGGGCCUUUCUUGAGCAAAAUGAGUUUGCUGACCCAGAUGCAGAAAUGCCCUCAGAGAGGGACUAAAUAAGUAAAAUUAAAUAAAUAUAA